AUGUCUAUGAUCUAUACGAAAUCCGAAUUUACAGAAGGGCAAAACUUCACAUUAUUAUUAUUAUUAUUAUUAUUAUUAUUAUUAUUAUUAUUAUUAUUAUUAUUAUUAUUAUUAUUAUUAUUAUUAUUAUUAUUAUUAUUAUUAUUAUUAUUAUUAUUAUUAUUAUUAUUAUUAUUAUUAUUAUUAUUAUUAUUAUUAUUAUUAUUAUUAUUAUUAUUAUUAUUAUUAUUAUUAUUAUUAUUAUUAUUAUUAUUAUUAUUAUUAUUAUUAUUAUUAUUAUUAUUAUUAUUAUUAUUAUUAUUAUUAUUAUUAUUAUUAUUAUUAUUAUUAUUAUUAUUAUUAUUAUUAUUAUUAUUAUUAUUAUUAUUAUUAUUAUUAUUAUUAUUAUUAUUAUUAUUAUUAUUAUUAUUAUUAUUAUUAUUAUUAUUAUUAUUAUUAUUAUUAUUAUUAUUAUUAUUAUUAUUAUUAUUAUUAUUAUUAUUAUUAUUAUUAUUAUUAUUAUUAUUAUUAUUAUUAUUAUUAUUAUUAUUAUUAUUAUUAUUAUUAUUAUUAUUAUUAUUAUUAUUAUUAUUAUUAUUAUUAUUAUUAUUAUUAUUAUUAUUAUUAUUAUUAUUAUUAUUAUUAUUAUUAUUAUUAUUAUUAUUAUUAUUAUUAUUAUUAUUAUUAUUAUUAUUAUUAUUAUUAUUAUUAUUAUUAAUAUUAUUAUUAUUAUUAUUAUUAUUAUUAUUAUUAUUAUUAUUAUUAUUAUUAUUAUUAUUAUUAUUAUUAUUAUUAUUAUUAUUAUUGGGGCUGCGUAUACAAGUCUGA